AUGGCGUUCACAACAGUGAACGCAUCUGUACACAGAUGCUUUGGAGACAUUGUGCAUGUCGGCUACUCCCUGGUACUGCCCUCCAUUGCCAAGCCAGUGAAGAGCAAUGAGGAUUUGAUCCAUUGGUGCCAGUGCAUGACUUCUCGCAGUGGGUCGUUCGAGACGAAGCCGCAUACUCUGAAGAAGUACCCUGCCAACAAGCUCAUGCUGCAGAUUUCAUUCUUCACUUGGCUGUUUGAUGUUGAGAAGAUCUCAAAACUUCAAGGAAAGAAGUUUCCAAGAGACGUGGCUCAUGUGUGUCUUCAAUUGAAGGAGCAUGCAGUUUAUUGGCUGAAGUACAACACAUACUCCCUUGUAAACCUGUCCAAGUUCUUCUGCCGUUUUGAUGUUUGAAAGAGAGCUUGAUUUUCAUCACCAUGGUUCUUUUCAUUUCUGUCAUCUGUAAGACUUCCCUAUUUUCUAUCCUUUUUUUUUUCUUUUUUUUGAGACUGCCAUUUUUUUUUUAAAUUUUCAAUUAGGAAGUUGUUUCAUAUGUCUGGUGUGAAAUG